UCCAACACUUGGAGGAGCAUGUGUGGAAAUGCUCCUGCCGUCAGUGCUUUACCUGUGACUUCAGCACAACACGAGAGGAGGAUCGGAAGGAGAAAACUCAUGUAGAACCGAAACAUGGGCUGGCAUGCUUUCAUCACAUUCUCACUCUUAAAAGACUGAAGGGUCUCCAGCAGAGCUCACAGCAUACACGAGGAUCUGCGAUGCUCUGGACACCCCCGAAACUCCUGCAGACCAUCUCAAACACUUCAACUUCUAACGCCGAGACAACUUCAGCACAAACAGCAUCUUAAUGUGCUCCAUCCUCACAUAUGACAGCCCUUCAUGUUCGGACGUGUUCUGCAUUCAGGAAUUGUUCUUAAACAUUGUUUUGCGAGUAGAGAAAGACAGAAGUACAGUGAGUGUGAAUGAAGCUCUUUAUUCAUUGAUUACUGAUCGAAUCAGAAGACUCACUUUAGCCUCCAGAAGAAGUAAAAAGAAAAACUCCAGCGCACUGAACGGCUCGUAUAGUGAAAUAAAGAGCUUCAUGGAUUUGUGUCUCUGGAACAUUCGUCUUUGACAAACGAUUGUGAAAGACGGGGAAAAGAAAAGAAAACAACAAUAACAAGUGGAAGGACUUUGGAGAGGAAGAGCGCGUCCGUGCGCAUUUCUCUGGGAUAUUACCAUACCCACCCGCGUCCUCCUCAUCAUCCUAAUCAUUAUUAUCACUCUUGUGUUGAAUAAAAUGAAAGUUUGGACUUUCCUCCAGUGUCUCGCCAUCCUGCUCGUCCUGUGUGUGGGAUCAGACUGCGGGACGGUCCUGAGACAGACCCGAUCCAAACGCGAGCUGGUGAAGAUCAGAGAAGCCAAAGCGGUCUUCCCGGGGGCUUGUGCCACCCGGCUGCCUCGGGGCAAGCGCUCCCUGCCGGCGCUGGACCGCCGGCUCCCCCGCCAGCGCCGACGCUCCUCUCCGGCGGAGGAUGCAAGCUCCUAUCGGGGAAAAGCCGUUUAUUUUACGGGCAGAGGAGACCAGCUGAGACUGAAACCCGGCGUGGACAUACCAAAGGGCAAUUUCACUCUCCAGAUGUGGGUCAAAGCGGAGGGUGGGCAGCGUUCCCCCACCGUUAUAGCUGGUCUCUUUGACAAAUGCUUCUAUGCCUCCAGUGAUCGUGGAUGGCUGUUGGGUAUUAAAGCUGUGAGUGAACAGGGAAACCGUGACCCACGUUUCUUCUUCUCCCUUAAAACGGAUCGAGCACACAAAGUUACGUCCAUUCAUUCAAAUGCCCGCUACUUGCCCAACCACUGGGCCCAUGUAGCUGUGACUUACAAUGGCCUCUAUAUGAAGUUAUAUGUCAAUGGUGCUCAGACAGCUGUUAGCAGGGAACAAUCAGGUGAUGUCUUCAGCCCCCUUACUAAAAAGUGUAAGGUGCUGAUGGUGGGUGGAAAUGCCUUGAGUCAUAACUACAGAGGCUCUGUGGAGCGUGUUGGUCUAUGGCGACAGGCUCUCUCUCAGAGGCAGAUCAUGAGGGACAUGCAUGGACAUGAGGACCCUGAGGACCUGGUCGACCUGGUGAUCCGUGAAACAUUUGAACACCCAGCACGCAAAUGGCUGGCUGUGAAGGAUGGCAGCUUCCCAAUACCAGAUGAGGGUACUCGUGCUGGGUUGGGGUCUUUGGACACUACCCUGGAGCCUCCAGCUUGCGGACAGACGGUGUGUGAUAACACAGAAGUGGCACGCAACUACAAUCAAUUCUGGAGCUUCCGCCGCCCCAAAACAGUACGGUAUCGUGUUGUGAAUGUGUUUGACGACUCUCAGUGCAAACCCACAGUCACGGAUCAACAGAUUCACCUGCAACACCAGCAUCUGAAUGAAGCAUUUAACAUGUACAACAUCACUUGGGAGUUGACUGUGCACAACGUGAGCAAUUCGUCUUUGUAUAACCGUCUGGUACUCGCCAACUGUGAUAUUAGCAAGGUGGGUGAUGAGGACUGUGACCCUGAAUGCAACCACACUUUGACUGGCUUUGAUGCUGGUUACUGCAAGCCCAGGACACAAUGUCCUGAACAUAAACAAGGGAAUGGCGUCUGCGAUCCAGAGUGCAACUGUGAGAACUACGGUUACGAUAAUGGAGAUUGCUGCAACCCUAGCAUCACUGAUGUGACCAAGACUUGCUUCAAUCCAGCUUCUCAUUUAAGGGCCUAUCUGGAUGUGAAAGAGGUAAAAGAGAUCCUAAAGCUGGACGGUUCCACGCACCUCAAUAUCUUCUUCGCCAAUUCCUCAGAUGAGGACCUUGCUGGAGUUGCCACCUGGCCGUGGGACAAGGAUGCACUCACACAUCUAGGUGGCAUAGUUCUGAAUCCAUCUUUCUACGGAACGUUUGGCCACACUCAUACCAUGAUCCAUGAGAUCGGUCACAGUCUGGGACUGUACCAUGUGUUUAGGGGCAUCUCGGAGAUCGAAUCCUGCAAUGAUGCAUGUUUAGAGACUGAGCCUUCACUGGAAACUGGAGAUCUGUGUGCAGACACCAAUCCCACACCGAAAUACAAGUACUGCAGGGACCCUGAGCCUGUCAACGAAACGUGUGGCAACCGCAAUUUCGUUCACACGCCCUACAAUAAUUACAUGAGCUAUGCAGAUGACGACUGCACUGAUUCCUUUACACUUAACCAGGUAGCUCGCAUGCACUGCUACUUGGACCUCAUCUACCAGACCUGGCAACCCAACUACCGGCCCCCUCCAGUCCCCAUGUCACCCCAAGUGGUAGAACAGGGACAAGACUCCAUUACUGUGGAGUGGUUUCCACCCAUCUCUGGACAUUUCUAUAACAGAGAAGUGGGAUCAGUAUGUGAUAAAUGUGCAGAAGGUCAUGUCCUCCUGCAGUACGCCUCCAAUUCUUCGUCCCCGCGUCCCUGCUCCCCGUCUGGCCACUGGAGCCCCAGAGAAGCAGAGGGACCACCAGAUGUGGAGCAGGCAUGCGAGCCCAGCGUCCGCACAUGGAGUCCAAAUAAUGGCAUGGAUCUGGGAAUGGUGCCUCCCCCCUGCCCUCUGCAAGGCUGCAUGUUACAGCUGGAGUUUGCAUAUCCAGUGGUCCCUGACUCCCUCACAGUGUGGGUGACCUUCUCCUCCCAGGAGGAAACAGUCUUGCCUGCCAUCCACAAUAUCAUCCUAUUGACUGUCAGUGGCAACAACCUGUCUCUGGGUCCCAGUAAUUUGUUCUGCGACACACCGCUGACCAUCAAGCUGGAUGUGCAUGAGAAGGUGUAUGGCGUGCAGUUUUUCACCAUGGAGCAACAUUUGGAAAUUGAUGCUACUCUGCUCACAUCUAAACCCAACUGUCCACUCUGUCAAGAAUGUGAGCCACUGCACUACCGGCUUCUGCGGCAGCCGCCGUUUGUUCACUCGCCCCAGGGUGUCAUGCUAAGAGACUCGACGCGAAGAUACAUGGACAGGGAUGUUGAGUAUGGUGGGGUUUACACUUACCAGGUCCAAACAAUCUCCAGUCGGAGUGUGAGUGAACCGUCACCUCCAUUGACACACCGCCUUGGAGCACCAUACUGUGGAGACGGUCUCAUCCAGAGGUCCCAGGGAGAGGAAUGUGAUGAUAUGAACACUAUGAAUGGAGACGGCUGCUCCGGCCACUGCAAGAAGGAGCCGUUUUUUAACUGUAUUGAUGAGCCCAGCAUGUGCUACUAUUAUGACGGCGACGGCGUAUGUGAAGACUUUGAGCGGGAGACAAGUGUGAAGGAUUGUGGCCUGUACACGCCGAAUGGUUUUCUGGACCAGUGGGCCACCUCAGUGGAAGUGUCCCAUGAAGAGAGGCUGUACUGUCCUGGUGACGUGGCUGCAGGAUAUCCUGCUAUUACUAAGACAUGCCAGUCUAAAGUGUUUGACCUCUCUGAUGGAGUGUCUCAGUACGCCUGGUUUCCAUGUCGAGAGGCACAGGGUGUUUCCUGGUAUCCCCAGUAUUGGUUAAAGGCGUAUUUCUCACAUCCUAUGGUUGCUGCAGCCGUUAUCAUCCAUUUAGCCGCAGAUGGAACCAGUUACAUUGACCAAACCCAGUGUAACAUCACAGUCCAGCUGAUCGACACUAAAGAGAGCAUCCACAGCUUAGGCGACUGGCGUUUGAGCUGCCGCACCAAUCCUCUGGUCAUCCCAGUGAGUCAUGACUUGAGCAUGGCCUUCUACCACACCAAAGCCAUUCUCCUCAUGUUCCGCUCCGAUCUCGUGGCCAUCUCUGGCAUUGGCUUGCGUUCCUUUCAGUUCUUUGACCCAAUCACCAUCAGCGGCUGUCAGAGCAAUGAAAUAUACAACCCCAUGGGCCAGAGUUGUGUUCAUUACUCCUGUGAGGCCAUCGAUUGCCAAGAGCCGCUGAUCCGGAAUGCAGAGGUGCAUUGCAGUGACAGUGGCUACUUCAAUGGAGCGCGCUGCACUGUCACGUGCAACAGCGGUUAUGUCUUACAAAUCCACCGGGAUGAUGACAUCAUCAAGAGCCAGACGGACUCAACCGUGACCAUCACCUGUGCUGAUAGGAAAUGGAACAAGCAAGUAUCGUGUGAGCCAGUUGACUGUGGGCUUCCAGAUAAGUACCAUGUGCAUCCUGCCCACUUUGAUUUCCCAGAAGGCACCACCUACGGCAAGAAGAGCACGUUCCAGUGCAAGGAGCCUGCUCAGCUCAUGGGCACAAAUAACACUCUGACCUGUAUGGAGGAUGGUCUGUGGUCAUUCCCGGAGGCUUUGUGUGAGCUCCGCUGUCCCGUGCCUCCUCCCGUCCCCAACGCCAUGCUUCAGACUAAACGCUGCAAUGAGACGGGUCUUAAAGUGGGCACUCUCUGCAAAUACAAAUGCAAACCUGGAUACCAUGUGGCCAACAAGCCAAAGAGGAGAGCCUUCAAGCGUCAGUGCACAGAAGACGGUCGCUGGUUAGAGGGCUCUUGUGAGCCGGUCACUUGUCCACCUCCUCCACCCGUCUUCUAUGGCAUGUACCAGUGCACAGACGGCUUCAGAUUUGACAGCACCUGCUGGAUCCACUGCAAUAGGGCCAACAACACAUUGAGACAACCACCAUGCAAACAGGGGCUCGGCACCAAUGUCAUCCGCUGCAGAAAGGACGGGAACUGGACCGGAAACUUCCACUUAUGCCCUCAGCUGAAGGGUCAAUGCUCUCUACCUCAGAACCUGCAUCCCAGCAUCCGUGUCAACUGCAAGAAGGGCCAUGGCAUAGGAGAGGAGUGUGAGUUGUCAUGCAGGGACAGUAACAACGAUGUGGUCAUUCUGCCGAACAACAUGACGGCCAGCAGCAUUAUGAGACAUCACUGGAUGAACCCUCCCAAAGUCAAGCACAUAGUCUGCACCAUGGGUCUGAAGUGGUACCCCCAUCCAGAAGUCCUGCGCUGCAUUAAAGGAUGUGAGCCUUUCAUGGGUGACAAUUACUGUGACGCCAUCAACAACAGAGCCUACUGCAACUACGAUGGAGGCGACUGCUGCCAUUCCACUGUCAAGACUAAGAAGGUGAUUCCGUUCCCCAUGUCUUGUGACAUCAGAAGAGAGUGCGCUUGCCGGGACCCCAACGCUUUGGAGAACCGAAAGGGAGAGCACUUGCACUCACUUGGUUAACACGCACCACCAAGCCGGUGUGCAGACUGGGACAGGAUGAGAUCUUCUUCCCAGAAAUGCUGCUGGUUCACAAUUGUACCUCUCCUCUUAUAGCUGUUCAUCAUUUCCAAGUCCAAGUCUACCUGCUAUCUCUAACACUACAUUUGGAAAAGGAUCCCAAUGUCAAGACCUCACAAAGGACCAAAGCUGUUUUGUGUAUAGGCCGGGACACACCAAGCUGACUUCAAAGAACUAGCGGCGACGAAAGCAGACGGUGUUGUCGUCUCGCGUCGGACCAAAAAGCUGUGCUCGAACACACUGCACAUACUACAGCCACGUGCAUUCUGUGCAUGUGUGAGAGGAAUUAACAGUCUAUAUCCGCAACUAUCAAUAGUAUAUAUUGGUUAUUUAAAAGGAGAAACCGAAAACAAAGAUAUACAAGAUUAAUGCAGAUAAACGAAACGUAAACAAAUCAGUGCUUGUUUACCAUUUUGAAUUUCAGUAAUGCUGAUAACUUUAAUAAUUUUAAGUGGCUCACGUUGUUAUGAAAACAUUUGAUUGAUUGGGAAAGAUCAUGUAACAUUUAAACAGCUUUCUGUCGGUACCCGCCCUUCAUUUACGUGCUCGUUUUCACUUUCACUUGAAUUCUUAGCCACUGACUCAUUCGCUAAACUGAACAUCCAAUCAGAGCUCUCACUCGCGCCGAUGGUCCCCACGGCGUUUUGACAUGUUGAAUCAGGCAAACUGCCGCCAACUUGAGCCCGACGAGAGUCGACGAGUGGAACACACCAAACAAACUAGCCAGACCGUCGCUUGCUAUCGACUUGGUGUGUCCCGACCUUAUGCCAUUUGUAGGUCUCUCACAACCCCUCCAAAAAAAUUAAAACAAGGCAUCGCAAGGGAACCAGACUGAUUUGACCAAAGCCAGAAAAAGAAGAAAUGCACUCUCAAACUCAUUUAGGGGACUUGAUUUGUUUUAGUUUGUUUUGGAUGUGACCUCAGUCAUCCCAGGAAGGUGGUGUGUGGCAUUUCCGCCCUCACCUGUGUCCGUAUAACAAAGAUGAUACUCAAUAAUCAGUGAUUGUUUUAAUGUUCCUGAAACGAUACAAAUCUAUCAAAUACAAAUGCGCAAUAGGGAAGAGCUGCCAGUCUUGUCGCACACUAUUUAUGUUCUGUUAUAAAAUAAUUGCAAUUUGAGUUUUUUUUUUUUUUUUUUAAAUGCACUCCGAUAGAUCUGUGCAUAGAUAUGGUGAGAAAGAAUUGGUUUCUUUAGCAUGGCUGCUGUUGUUGCUGCUACGAUUGCUGCUAAUUAGUCAAACAACAGACAACAGGAAUAUGCAGGCCAUGAUCUAGUGUGCCGUCAGUCUGCCUUAAUACUUACCUCUUAUCAAUAUAACCAUCCGUGACCGAAGACCUCCCAUUAAAGCUCCAGGCCAGUGCUGAAUUGUAACUCAUCCUGGUCCGAAUGCAAAAUAGACACAAAUUCCUGAAUGUAGAGGCCAUUGACAUACAUAUUUUAUUUAACUGAAAUUGUUAGUUCACCCAAAAUAUGAAGAUACUAUAAUUUACUAAUUUUUGUGUGUAUGAAAUACUAAAAAAAAAAAAAAAAAAAGAAAUCUUAAAAUAUGCACCUAAUUUCCAUAAAAAUGACAGUUCAAUUAAAAAGCAGUAUUCCAUUCAGGUCUUCUGAAGUCAUACAGGUCUUGUGUGAUGAAGAGAUUGAAAUUAAAGUGAAUAUUCACAGAAAAUCUUUCCGUCCACUGCAGAUCUCACAUGUCAUUCUCCACUCUCUGGUUUCAACACACAUGAGAACCGAUGACAUCAAAGCAUGGUGUGACGUCCAAAGGUGCCAUAUUUCAGUCUGACCGCAAUCGUGGAAGAUAUUUGUGAGCUCUGAUGGAGGGAAAAAUUUUCAGCAACUAAAAACAGUUUAACCUUUGGUCUGUUCCUCACACAAACCCAUCAGCUUCAGAAGACUGCACAAGUACUAUGGACCGCGGCUGUGGUAGUUCUGCGGUUCUUUGCAUUCUUAAAUUGACCGUAAUUAUGUAAUAUGAAUGAUGACGACAAAUGGAGACUCUUACGUACUCUUUCUAAUCUCAGUGAAUCUGCUGUCAAAAGCGUUUCAAAGGUAGCUUACUGCACAUGUGCCAACUUCGUAACCACUUGUAUGUGUUUUUGCCAAAAGAAAAAAGGAAAACAAUUUAGCUUCAUGGUAAUCGGAAUUACUUUAUAUAUGCAAAGUUGUAAUCAGAUUUCAAAAUCAGAGUGAAAAAGAGAGAAAAUGUAUAUCACUUUAAUGAUUAUUACUUUAAGGGAUAGUUUACCCAAAAAUGGAAAUGUGCUGAAAUGUACUCAAACUUAAGCCAUCCAAGAUGUAGAUGAGUUUGCUUCUUCAUCAGAUUUGAAGAAAUAUUGCAUUACAUAACUUGCUCACCAAAUUGAUCCUCUGCAGUGAAUGGGUGCCGUCAGAAUGAGAGUCCAAACAGCUGAUAAAAACAUCACACCAAUCCACAAGUAAACCACACCAUUCCUGUCCAUCAAUUAACAUUUGUGUGAUGAAGAAACAAAUCCAUCUACAUGGCCUGAGGCGGGAGUAAAACUAAAAACUAAUUUUGGGGAGAUCUAUUGCUUAAAUGCAUUCAGAAAUCAAGUUAAGCAGCCGCUAUAUAGGUUUAAUUUAUUUGUUCUUUUGUGUAAUAUUUGGCUACCAACUGUGGACUUCUUCUUCAAACAAACCUCUUCCCCUUAUGGCCUUGACAUGUUUUAACUAGUUUCUCACUAAUGUCUGAAUCUCCAGGUUUGACUCUCUGUAUCAGGUGCGUCAAACCUGCUUCUGGAGUGCCAUCAUCUUGAAGACUGUAGUUGCAGCCCUACUCCAAAACACCUGCCUAAAGAUCUUGACUAGCUUUUUCAGGUGUGUUUAAUUAGAAUUGUGGCUAAACUCUUUAGGGAGAGCUACGUUUAACCCCCUGGGUCUAUAGUGAUAUCCCCUUAUAUCGGCUGUUCGAUCAAAAUGCCACAAGCCAUAAUGAUGAAGCACAUGGUAAAGAAAUAAGUAUAAUGUUACUGUGGUACUCACCUGCUGAAGAGUUUGCCAAGUGCAAAAAUCCAUGUUUAUGCAGAAAAAUAACAUUUAACAUUUCUGAUAAGGUUUGUCUUAUCCUUGAGGUUAUUCAUUUAGUGCGAUUGGGCCAAGGCUCCUUGAACAUUGGCAUGGAUUACAUGCUAAAGCAUUAAAGAUUAUUUUGCGUGAUGUUUUAAUAAUAGGCAUCACUUUGUGCAAUUGUAGACAUAUGGUAGUUAAAGUAUAGUAGCUAUGACAUUUAUGAUUAAGAAAAAAAAAAAAAAAAAGAAACAUCUAGAAGAAAGUCAGACAACCAAAAUGUUUUUUUGUUUUUUUUAGUGUUGAAUCCUCAUGUAUGUGGCAUAAAGACUUCAUGAUCAGAUGCCAAAGUCAAUAUUUUAUUUUAUUGUGCUUGUGGUGUCACGAGUGCAGUCAUUUAGGCUAUAUUUCUAAAAAAAAUAAAUAAAAAAAAAAGAAAUAAAUAAAAUACAAGAUUAAUAAAUAUCUUAUGUACCAGUAGUCAGUAUUUGUAUUAAUGACCUCAGUUGCUGCACUUUUUUCGGUAGCCCGUUGAACGAAAGUUAAAACUUCUAAAAUCGCUGCUAUUGUUAGGCAGGACAAUUUGGGAGGGAAUACGUGUUCGUGGUGAAAUUAGUAAUGUUUGAUUUUCCUUUUACUGUAUGAUACUAUCAUAUGCCUCUGUGAUUACUGAUGAUUAUUGUGGUUCCUCUCGCUUCACGUCUGGUUUUGUCGUAAACAGCAGAGCAGCGUGACAUGUGGAAACAUGUUAGUGGAUUGAUAUGCCCUGUCUGAACAAACCUUUGGGACAAUGGGAAACUGGCUUUAAUAUGUAUGUUUCAGAGAGUGUGAAAAUUAAGACUUUAAAUGGGUCAUUAUAUGUAUGUUGUUUGGAUGUUGUUGUGGUUUUGUUUUUUAUUAGCCAUCUUGUGAGUUAGAUUGAAGGAUGUAUUAUUAUUAUUAUUAUUAUGAUGAUGAUGAUGAUGAUGAAGGAACUUCAACACCCCCCCCCCCCCCAAAAAAAAAAAACUAACAAAAAAAAACAAAACAAAAAAACUAUAUGAAGCACGAGAGAACAAGAAUUAUAAUAAUUAUAAUAAUAAUGUAUAAAGAUUUUGUUUGCUAUAUAUUCUUGGGAGAACAAGUGUAUCAAGUUACUAUUACCUGAAAUCAUGUAACUGUACUCGAGAUAACAUUAGUCAGCAUUUAUUGUCAAGAUGGACAGCAAAACUGAUCAGCAACCAUGUCACCAAGUUAGCACGAACAUCAAGUAACUUGCCAAUAUCCUGACAGGUUUUAUGAUUGGCGGGCCUGCCAGUCAAGUGAUUAUUUUUUUUUCCUUUUUCUUUUUGAAUCACUCUUCUCAGACUUAUUAUUUGUUUCUCUAUCACUAUGUGCAAGUUAGCAAUCCAAAAACGCCAGAACCAAUUCUGAGUGCAAUUACGCCGAAUGCUUAUUCUUUUUGCUUUAUUUUAGACAUCAGUAAUCCCUCAAAGCAUACUGGUCUGAAGAGUGUAUGUUGGCUUGUUAAAUGAAGUUGCCAUUGGGCUGUUUGACACACACUACUGUACGCAUCAUAGGAUUUCUUGCUGUACCUCAUGCCUGUAAUGUUUGCUGCCUCCAUAUUUCCAUAUUUUAGUGAUUUGCGUCUAUUAGCAACAUACAAAAGUGUACAUAGUAGAACUAUUUAUUGAGAGUGUUAUACUUUUGUAAGUUAUAUUUUUUAUUGUUUAUGUAAGUUAUUUGUACAAUGGUCUUAUGUGUAAAAUUUGAUUAUUGGGGCUCUUAUAUUAUUUUUAUUUUCUGUUUACUCGUUUAUCCAUUGCUCCAGUUGAAGAACAAACACAGUACUUCAGAUAUUUGCCAUUCAGUGACCGAAUGUCAUUAAGUCACACCUCACAGUUUUCCAUGCGAUGGAAAUGCUGCCAUUAAUGCAGUUGGGACAUGAUUGUAACUAAAUGUUAUAAUAAUGUAAUAUAUGUAUGUAAUUGUUUGUUAAUACAGUGCAUUUAUUCUAUGGCAGUCCCGAGGAGAGGAGAAUGUGAUCAUGGUAUAUCUUGCAAUAGGAGAAAUCAGUUUUAAAAAUGAAAUUCAUAAACUUCUUCCCAGUUUGUAGGUAACAUUUUGAAUGUGUCUUAAAAUCCAUGAAAUUCAUAGCCCCCAUGCAUCAGCAUUGGACAGGUGAAGAAAACACAUUGCUGUUUUUGGCCUGCCAAUAUGUUUGUCCAGGUGUCAAAAUAUGGACGGGCACAGCAAAAUAUCAGUGCUCGAUGAGUCAGAGUUUCUUCCCUGACUAGCACUCACUAUUGGGAGUCCUCAAAGUCAAAUUAUAUUUAUUUGAAAUGUUGGUCAGAUGGUAGAAAAUCUAAUAAAACAAACUAAUGGAAUUGUAUCAAGAGCUUUAUUAAAGGUUAAUAUGAAUGUAUUGACCGGUUGUAAAUAGUGACGUGAAAACGUGUACCAGUAAAAUGCCUUGUAUAUUUAAAGAGUUGCAUUAAACACAAGGAUACAUUAAAGAAAGUUAUUUAAAUUUGAGAAAUCCACCAUUUUCAUCAGCAUUACAGUUACAUCAGCAUCAAGAGUUGGAUUUCAAGUGUAAACGGACGUCUUUGUGCCUGUUAUUAAAACCCAUUUGUGUUUGGUGAUGCUGGCCAUGUCUGCUCUUCACAUUGCUAAUAAAUUCUAAGCAAAA